GACCAAAAUUCAUUCAACACGUAACAAAACAAGCGGAAAUACCAAACAGAAAUAGGCCUACACACACGCCACACGCUCGAAAUCGAGAAACCAAAACAGAAAGUCUUCGAAAUGCACUCGCCGGAGCAACAAGCCAAGAAACCAAAAUUCUCAGCGAUGAGCCGAAAAAAACCGGACCCAGCGGCCGCAGAGGAUUCAAUACGGAAGCGAAUGUUCCGGCUAAAGUUCUCAACCACCGAAUCGGUGCCCGUUAACCUGCGGGAAUACGGCUUGAUGCAGACUUCGCGGCAAACGGAUACGCCGUAUCCGCGCAACGAGCAGCCCGUGGACCCGAGCCUGCUGAAGGCGCGUCUGGUGGAGAGCAAACAAAGCCCUGCCGGCAAGGGCCUGAAGGCGGUGGCCUCCAAUCAAUCGACUGGCAGUGGGGACCCGGACGGGCAGCAUCUGUCGCAAACGACGAGUGUGGAGGCGGCUCCAGGACCCAUACGGGACAGUGCCAGCCUGCUGCUGGGCACGCCCCACCCACGCAAGGGCCAGGCGCUCGAUCCCAAAACGCUCAUUCGCCAGCUGAGUGUCGCCAAGAUCAAACGUCUAUCGUUGGGUGCGCCUCGGAGUUCCUACGGACACUUGCCUGCCUGGCGCUCCUCCUUGGAUCGCGCACGGGCCCCCGACGUUGGGCACCAGGCCCAUCUCAGCACCACAAGUCCGCCCGUGAAGGGCGCCCUCACCAUUGGCACACCGCACCCCAGGAAGGGCUACGCCCUAAAUGCUCGAGAUCUGGCCAAGCAGCUGGAGGUCGCGGAGUCCACGGAGGCAGUGCCCGCCAAGAGUGCCGCCCAGAAGAGCCCGCGAAAAGAGAAGAGUCCGGGCAAACAGGUGGCCAUUUCGCUGAAGUUUGGCAACACCGCGGACAUCAGAUCCGCCUCCAUCCUCAGCGUUGGUUCAGGGCGCCACACCGCCUGCAGCUUCACCAGCGACACGAGCGUCCUGACGAUGGCCAGCAGCCAUGAGUCCGGCAUGGUGAAGAUGAGCUUCGAGGAGCGACGACGGCUCUUCUACCAGGCAGAGUUCACCAUUGCCAAGAACGGGCGAAAGAUGAGCGACAUCAUCAUGGCCGUGCCGCAGAAGCCAGUGGAGUACACGGACAAGCGCGAGUGGCAGGGCCACGACCAGGCGGCGAACACAGAGCUCGAGGAGUUUAUACGGUCGCAGGGACUGAUCAAGACGCAGCGCGAUCAGCUGACAAUCACAAGGAUGCCGCCCGCCGUGCCCUCGCGACGGCAGAGCGAAACGGACUCCCUGCGCAGCUAUCGUUCGCGCAGCAGCCGAAGGAACUCCAUGUACCAGCACAUGAAGCGCCAUCGCACACGCAGGAACAUCAAGUUUAGUGCAUCAGAGAAGGAAAAGAGAACGUAUUCAGAGUAGGAGGGGGAGAGAAGGGAGCGCAAAGAGUGGAGAGAGAGAGAGAGAGCGCUUUAGAGUGAGAGAAGAAACGAGGGGCGGCAAAGCUCUCACUUUUCCUUUCUUUUUGAGCAGCAAUCUUUUGCCAGCAGAUGGAAAACUAUUUGGAAUUAUUAUCCAUUGGAUUAAAACCCGAACUAA